AGAGAACGAAAUAAUUGUUCCUGUUCUCUUUCUUAAGUCAUUUGAAACACUGUCCCUGCUAGUUUUCUAAGUUUACUGCAACCUCUUCUCGGGGGGAGAGGGAGAGAGAGAGAGAUUACCAACACGAGAGCAGGUAGAGCGUAGGGCAAGAUUCCUUCCAGCUUCAACAUCUGGGUCCCAUGAUGUGUGUAGCCACGGACAGAGGAAUAAAACCGUACAGUCAGUGAAAGCCAAAGGAAUUAAAAAAGAUAUAAAUAUGAUGAAGAACGAAGAUGCAAAUUGUAGCGUGGACAAUACACAAGCCUCUUCUCCCUUUUCCUGCUGCCUGCAGCCACUGAGUCCUGUUACAAAGCCACACAGAACAACUCAUUUUGGUGAAGAAUUCAGACAGCACCUUUCACAUUUCCGCUAUGGCCCUCCUCCUCUUGGAGACAUGGAAGGUGUCCAGGGGUCCUUGGAAGGAGGGUCGCGGAAACGCAAGAGCAUGCCAACAAAAAUGCCUCCUUCUAUCGCUCUUGAGGGCUCCUCAUCCCCACCACACAGAUUUGAAGAUCAUAAUGAUAUAGAUUCUUCCAGUCUUCCUAUGGUGUUUCAACAACCAGCACAGCCAAAGUACAGUUCCCAGAUGAUCGAUCUCUGCAACUUUGGUUUCCAGUUCUACAGAUCUCUGGAGCACUUUGGAGCCAAGUCCAUUAAGCAAGAACCAGUGAAGCCCAAUUUGGCAUGGCCCAGUAGUCCAGCAUACGUGCAGGCUCCUUAUCCUUAUUACACUAAAGUCCACCCUGGCUUAAUGUUUCCUUUUAUCGUGCCACCAAAUCUUCAUUUCAGGAACCCCUUUCAAAUGAAAAGGCCUCCAGAGCCACCCUUCCGGAGGGCUGAAGUAAGAGAAAGUGGCGAAAAUAAACAGAAAGUGGAAAGAGUAGACGUCAACCUUCAGAUAGAUGACAGCUACUAUGUUGAUGUUGGGGGUGAACAGAAACGCUGGCAAUGCCCGAUGUGUGAGAAGUCCUAUACAUCCAAGUACAAUUUGGUCACCCACAUCUUAGGGCACAGCGGCAUUAAGCCACAUGCUUGCAAUCGAUGUGGCAAGCUUUUCAAGCAGCUGAGCCACUUGCACACUCAUAUGCUAACACACCAGGGCACGAGGCCACAUAAGUGCCAGGUGUGCCACAAGUCUUUCACUCAAACCAGUCACCUUAAGAGACACAUGAUGCAGCACAGUGACAUCAAGCCUUACAACUGCAGGAUCUGUGGAAGAGGUUUUGCCUAUCCCAGUGAGCUGAAGGCACACGAGUCUAAGCACGAGAGUGGCCGGGAGAACAUUUGUGUGGAGUGUGGUCUGGACUUCCCCACUCUGGCCCAGCUGAAGAGACACUUAACAGCCCACCGUGGCCCAAUACAGUACAAUUGCACUGAAUGUGAUAAGACCUUCCAGUAUCCAAGUCAGUUGCAAAACCACAUGAUGAAGCACAAAGACAUCCGUCCAUAUAUCUGUACUGAGUGUGGCAUGGAGUUUGUGCAGCCCCACCAUCUCAAACAACACUCUCUAACUCACAAGGGUGUGAAAGAACACAAAUGUGGAAUCUGUGGCCGGGAGUUUACUCUGCUGGCCAACAUGAAGAGACACGUUCUGAUCCACACCAAUAUCAGAGCCUAUCAAUGCCAUCUAUGCUUCAAGAGCUUUGUGCAAAAGCAGACUCUCAAGGCACACAUGAUUGUUCACUCUGAUGUCAAACCCUUUAAAUGCAAGCUGUGUGGAAAGGAGUUUAACAGAAUGCACAAUUUAAUGGGACACAUGCACUUGCACUCAGACAGUAAGCCCUUCAAGUGCCUCUACUGUCCCAGCAAAUUCACCUUGAAGGGGAACCUAACCAGGCAUAUGAAAGUCAAGCACGGGGUCAUGGAAAGAGGAUUUCAUUCUCAAGGUUUUGGAAGAGGAAGAAUUGCUCUGUCCCAGACAAAUGUGUUGAGGAGCUUGGAACAGGAAGAGCCCUUUGAUCUUUCCCAGAAAAGCCAAGGGAAGGGGAUCUCAUUUCAUUCGGACGGCGAGAGUGCCAAGGGAAGCUCAUGCCAAGAAGAAGAGGAAGACAACUGCUACGAGGCAGAGCAAUACAGCCCUGGUGUGUACCAUCAUGACAACAACAAGCUGUACAUUCCUCAAGAUCUGUCUGGCAAACCACAGUGCAUGAUGAAGGGCUUCAGAGAGUCCUACUGCAGUGAGAAGGAAGAAAUGUUAAGUGACGGAGGACUGGAGACAAGAGUAGGAGAUUCCGACAACCAGGAGAGCCCAGGAGAGAGAGACCUUGCAAACAGCAAGGAGCACCUGAGCUUUAGAGCCUUUGAAAAGGCCAGUCUGGGGCAUUCUCUCUCUGAUUACUUGUAUUUCAAGCACAGGAACAAGAGUCUGAAAGAAUUACUGGAAAGAAAAAUGGAAAAACAGACAAUGCUUAUAGGCAUUUAAAUGGACAUUUUGAAACAGCUGGCAAAUGAGAAACAGAUAGCUUUGAGCCUGAACUGUAAUUUACCAAAGUCUGGAAUUUUGCAGGAGUCUAGAAAUGAACAAGCUAAAACAAUAAAAAUAUAUUAAAGCAAAAAACAUGUGCGAAAAGAACAAAGCAGUCCACAGACAUCAAGAAAUGCAAUAGAUUUUGAACUGUUAAGAUUUUUAUACUUAUCCAUUUGGUAUACAAGCAGACGAUAGGGUGGGUACAGAAGUUUAUUUUCCUCUAUCUGGCAUCUAGGGUGGUAUAUGUUACACUCAAUUUUCUAGUUAUCAGAAAAAAAAUACUUUAGUAUUUCAUAGAAUCAGAGAAUCAUACAAUUAGCUAGGUUGGAAAAGACCUACAAGAUCACCUAGUCCAACCAUCCACCUACCACCAAUAACCCCACUAAACCA